AUGCGCUCUAUUACAUACACAUUACUGGUCUUACUGGUAGUUACGAUUAUUAAUGGCUUUCCAUCUGCUGAUGACAAUAUGGAGUCAUAUAAAGAUGUAAUGCUUAAUCGUGAUGUAGGAAGUUGUUUGGCAUGGUAUGCACUUCAAGGUAAUCCACAAAAACUUCUGGAUGAAACAUUACCACCACCAUGCAAUUGUCCAGCAUCAUUUCCACCAACACUGAUUGAUGGUUGGACAACAGAUCCAGAAUGUGAUGCAGCAAAACAACCCAACACUUGUGAUUUACAUAAAGGUGCUUAUGGCUGUUAUCGAUAUGCCUUCAAAUCGACAGGACCCGGUGCUCAAGCAUGCUACGAUAAAAAUGGUAAAUUUAUUAGUGAUCCUUGGAAAGGUGCUGGUACAGUCGAUGCAGAAACUCCACUGGGUGAUAUUAUUCAACAGGGCGAGCAUUUCCUUUGCGAUGUGGUUCCUUAUUACAGUUGUUGCAAACUCACUCUUUUCGGACAACGAUUCACAUGCGGUCUUUACUACGAAAAACGUCCACCAGGACAAUGCGUAGAUAAACCUGCUAUUUGA